AUAAUAAGUAUUAAUUAAUUAAUCAAAUAUUAAUUAAAGUGUUUAUGACAAUUAUUUAUUUUCCUACUAGAUUCUUAUGUUAAGCUAUCUAUCGAGGAGUCUAAAGGAUAUUUUACGUCGCAAAUACUCCAUCGCCAGUCGAUGUGAAGAAUGGCAACUACUAAUUAGAAAGUGGUAUUUUGGGUUGCACUGACGUGUUUCGAUCGACAGUUAUUGUCACCAAACAGUUAAAAGGAGUUGAGGGGAGCGGCCGAAUGUUGUAAUUAUUCAUCGAUCAUUCAGAACCACUAACUACAGCCAGCCGUGAUUUGAUAUUUUUCUAAUGUCAGCCGAUCGGUAUAGCCAAUCUGUGGUCAAUAGAGAUGUGGUCAAUCUCACCCAAAGUUGGACAAAUUUCGCAAUCGCAACUAUUUAUUACAAUCGCAACUGCAUUUUGUAAUUAAUAGUUGCUAUCUUUCGCGACUGCCGACGGGGCAUUGUAAAAUAUUCUUAAGAAUAAAAUCGCAUAUUAUCUCGCUCAUUAAUCGCAAGCCAUGCCUUAUUCUUGUAGUCUCCAGACCACACAGUAAUUACGUAUUGGAAGUGAUAUUUAGAUAUCGUAACAUCUACAUUCAUAUUACUUAAAAGGUUGCGGAAAUUAACGAAGAUAAGUUAUCGUUUUGCAAAUGAACCGCGAGUGGGAACGAUUUUUUCCGUUAUAAAUGAUGUACGGUGAUCACAAAGGAAUCAAAAUAGGUGUGCGUGACAAUUGUGUAGGAUACAAUUUCCUCGGUAUCAUUCAUAGUUAAAACUAUAGAACAUAAAUAAUAACAUUUAAAGUAACAAAAUUGUGGUGCAUGUCAGAGUUACGCAAUAAAAAUUGCGAUAAAAUGGCGAUAAUUACGAAUUACUUGAUUUUGGACGGUAUCAUAGUUGCAACGAUGAUUGUGGUGACAAUGUACCUUUACAUGACUCGCAACUUCAACUACUGGAAGAAACGGGGCGUUUUCGAAAUACCGCCGGUACCAUUUUUCGGCAAUUUCGCGAAAUGUAUGUCUCUAAAAAAGCAUCCCGGUUAUGUCAUAAGAGACAUGUAUGGACAAAUGAAAGAAAAACCUUACAUGGGCUUUUAUUUAUUGGACCAGCCCUGCUUGUUGCUACGCGAUCCAGAAGUGAUCAAAGACAUUUUCGUGAAAGACUUUAAUUAUUUCUGCGAUCGAAGCACUUCGCCAGAUUCGCAUGAUCGUUUAGCCAGCUCCUCGCUCGCAUUUAUAGAUAAUCCAGCUUGGAAAGUGUUGAGAUCCAAACUGACGCCGUUGUUCACUUCGGGAAAACUGAAGAAAAUGUUCGACUUGAUGUUGAAUUCUGCUAGCAAGCUGGACACGUAUUUGGAAUCUUUGGGAUUAGAGAAAUUGGAGGGUGAGGGGCACACGGUAGACGUAAAGGAUUUAUUUGGUAAAUUAGCAACUGACUUUAUCGGCAGUAUCGUUUUCGGGAUCGAUAUGAAAUCCUUAGUCGAUACGAACGCAGAGUUCCGAAGAAGGGGUAAAGCGAUCUUCGACUUUAAGAGCAACCGAACCUACGAGGUGCUCGCUGUGUUCUUCGUUCCAAAGAUAGCUUACUUGGCCGGCAUACAUUUCUUCGGGAAGAAACUUUCGGAACAGUUACGCGAAGCUUUCUGGAAGUUGAUCAAAGAUCGCAUAGAAUCCGGCCAGAAACGGGGCGAUCUUAUUGAUAUCCUCCUCGACUUCAAGGAAAAUUACGCUAGCGACAUGGAAGGCUACGAUCUCAACGGGGAUGAUCUAGUCGCGCAAACUAUGAUCUUUUUUACCGGCGGUUUCGAGACCUCUUCGACAGCAAUGUCCUUCGCAUUGUACGAACUCGCAAUGCAUCCUGAAAUGCAAGACAAACUUAGGAAGGAAAUUUUCGACGCGCUCAACAGCUCUGAUGGAAAAAUCACAUACGAUAUGGUAAUGACGCUACCAUAUCUCCAUAUGGUGGUCUCUGAAGCUUUGAGAAAGUAUCCGGUGAUGCCGUUUAUAGAUCGCCGGGCAGUAAAGACAUAUCAACUGCCAAACUCCGACCUCACUAUUAAGAAGGGCACGCGAAUUUUCCUCUCGGUAUUCGGCCUGCACUGGGAUCCUCAAUACUUCCCCAAUCCUGAGAAAUUCGAUCCGGAACGAUUCAGCGAGGAGAACAAAUCAAACAUAUCGGCUUAUACAUACUUGCCAUUUGGGAAAGGUCCUCGCAUGUGUGUAGGUCCUCGUUUGGGACUUUUACAGACGAAACUGGGGAUCAUGAAAAUGUUGUGUCGAUAUGAGGUGACACCAUGCGAGAAAACAUUAAUACCGAUGACGCUUUUCAUGACAGCUUCUGUGACGUUACCUAAUGAUGGUGAACUGUACCUCAAUAUUCGCAAACUUAAGAAACCUCACAUACCAUCGUAGAAUCUAUAUUAAAUCUGUAGUAUCAAAUUAUUCUCAAUUUGAGUGAUUUUUAACUAUUCUUAUGGUUUUAUUUAAUUAUACUGGUAAUAUUUAAUUUAACUAAGAUAAUGAAGUAAAAUAAUUUAACUCAAGAAAUGUUAAGUUCGACUAAUUUAUUUUUUACUACGUGCAUACAUUAAUAUAACCUUUGUUUUAAUAAAAAAUAACUCACUACUUCAAUUUACUUUUUAAUUUCCUAAUAUCACUAACCUGC